GUCGAGCCGUUGACCGCACUGCACGCACCGAUUUUCCAGCGACUGGUCACCGCGCCUUCAUUAUGUUUCCAAGUUGACUCUAGGUACCAAUACCACGGCUCAAGCACUGUGGAGCAUGCGCGGUCGCGAAAAUCGCUGAAUAGUUGACCGAUUUGGCGUGGUAUUGCCCGCAAAGCGCUUGGAGCUCUGUAGUUGACUUCCGUAGGUAGCCAGCAGCAAUACCUUAAACAUGCAGGGCGCGAAUCCCGCCAAACGGCCCCGCACGGAGCAAGACAAGAGCAGCAAGGCCAAGUCGGCCAAGGACACUCCCGAGGAGGAGGAGCCGGCGAGCGAAAGCGAGAGCGGGGAUGAAGACGACAACAACAGCGCCGAGUCUGGCGAGGGGGAGUCUGGCGAAGGCGAGGAGGGCGACGAGGGCGAGGAGGACGAGGAGGACGAAGAAAGCGAGAGCAGCGACAGCGCCCAAGAGGAGGCGGCCGACGCCACCUUCGGCCCUGCCCGCGGCCGUGGCCGGGGGCGCGGCCGGGGGCGCGGCCGCGGCCGGGGCGGCCGCGGGGGCGCCGGGGCGGGCGACGAGCGUGCCGCCACCGGCACGGGGCGCGGCCGGGGCCGCGGCCGCGGCCGCGGCCGGGGCGGCGCGCUGCCGCACGGCAUUGAGGAGUACGACGGCGACGCCAGUGACAGCAGCGACGACGAGCUGCCCCCCAUCCGCGCCCCCAAGCUGUUGGCCGCGAACGCUGCUGCCGGUGCUGCUGCGGGCGGCACUGCCACCGACGCCGCCGAUGACGCCGCGGCGCCGCAGUACGCGGAAGCGCACGUGACGCUGCCGCAGCCCGACGGCGCGCCGCCGCUGACGCUGCCGGGCCCCGUGUUCGCGGACCUGCUGUCCGCCUACAACAUCCUGCGCUCCUUCUCCUGGCAGCUCAAGCUCAGCCCCUUCUCGCUCACCGACCUGGCUGCCGCGCUGCUGGGCGGCCGGCCCAGCGAGCUGCUGGACGAGCUGUUUGUGUGCGUGCUGCGCACCCUGGCCAGCCACGAGACCAGCGCCCUGCGGAGGAGGCGGAGGCUGGAGCUGGAACACCUGGACCAGGUGACGUGGCCCGAGUACGUGUGGGAGUGGCUGGAGCUGUCCGGCGACAAGACCCUGAUCAAGUUCAGGGCUCAACCGCCGCUGCGUAAUGCCGACGCCGGCAGCGGCGCGGCGGGCGCCGCCAGCGGCGAGCGGGAGGCCUCAGCCACGCCCACGCCCGCCGCCACGCCCAGUGCUGGCGCGGGGCAGGGUGACGGCGCGGCGGCGGCGGCGGCGGCGGCAGUUGGCGGCGUCGACGGCGCCCCCAAGGUGGAGGGCACGAGCCCCAUGGACCUGGGCGGUGGCGGCGGCGCCACCGCUGACGCCGCCGCCGCCGCUGACGACGGCGGCGGCGUCGCCGGCGGCUCAAGCGACAGCGAGUCAGCCGACGGCGGUGAUGCUGGCGGCGACGCUGCUAUGACCGACGCCGGCGGGGCCGGUGAGGAGCAGACUUUGGGCAAGCGCAAACGCGGGCGCCCGCCCGGCAAGCGCCCGCCGCGCGACCCUGCGACAUCGCCGUCAGGCGCCGCCGCGGCGGCGGCGGCCGCGGCGGCGGCGGCGGCGGCGGGGCGGCCGCUGGGCCUGCGCCCGCGCAAGGCCGUGAGCUUCGCGGCCGGCGGCGGUGACGGCGACUUCAUUCGUCUGCCGCUGCGCGACUCGCGACGCAGCCGCAAGGUCAGUGGCGGCGGCGGCGGCGGCGGGCACAUUCUGGGUGCGGCGGGCGAGCUGAAGCACCUAGGCGUGGGGCUGGGCUUUCCAGAGCUGGACGGAAGCAGCUGGUUCCUACGAAGCCUGUUGGGGCCUAACGGCGGCGAGGCGGCGGCAGGCACUGGCGGCGCCGCCAGCGUCGCCGGCGCGGAUGGCGCGGCGGCGGCGGCGGCGGCCGGAGCCGGCGGCAGCCAGGGCGCGAGCCAGGGCGCGGCCGCAUCCCAAGCAGAGCUGAACAGGCCGGCUGCGCAUAGCCGUGCGGAGGCGGCGCGGCGCGCGGCGGCGCGGGUGGCGGCGGCGACGGCGCGCCUGGAGCCCGGCGCUCUGGCGGCUCGCGAGGGGGCUCUGGAGCGGGCAGACCACUACACGGUGGCAUGGGAGGAGGCGGAGGCGGCACGGGGCGGCCGGCGGCCGGCGGGGCCCAGCUACCUGCCGCGCUGGCUGGCCGCACAGCUGCGUGCCCGCCGCGGCGCCGCCCCCACCCCCACCACCCCCUCCACCACCCCCUCCACCCACGCCCACGCCCACCACCCGCACCCCGACAUCGGCGCCCCGGUGGCGAGGCCCGAGUUCCACACGCUGCCGCCCGCCGCCGCCGCCGCCGUGCUCGCGCGCCUUUGCGACGACCUACUCGACCUGCCGGCCUUGCGUAAUGAGAUCAACAAGCGCGAGGCGGCGGGUCAGAUGCACGCGGGCGCCGGCGGCGCGGGCGGCGCCUGGCCGCAGUUCGACAAGGAGGAGCUGGCGGCGCGGGCGGCGCGCAUCCAGGCGGGCCAGGCUGACGACGGCAACACCGAGAACUGCGUGCUGUGCGGCCAGGGCGGCAACCUGCUGUGCUGCGACCGCUGCCCCGCCGCAUAUCACAUGCGCUGCAUCGGCGAGACCACCCGCUCUGUGCCCGAGGGCGAGUGGCGCUGCCCCGAGUGCGCAGUGGGAGGCAGGGGCGAGGCCGCGGGACUGCGUGUGCCGCUAGCCGGCCUGGCGCCCGACUGCGGCUGGCCGGUGUGGGUGGCCUACGGCGCCGCCUUCGCCGCCGCCGCCACGCCCGGCUGCCGCCCCCGCCGCGCGCCGCCGCACCUGCUACCAGGCAUGCGGCCCCUGGUGGAGGACGGCGCGUUGGUGGGGUUGGGGGUGGCGCUGGGGCGGCAGGCGGAGCAGGCGGUGCGGGAGCUGGUGAGGCCGCGGCGCUGGCCCGAGGACCGACCCGAGCGCAGCUCGUUGGAGGAGCUGGAGGCGGGGCCGCGCGCGGGGGCGUUCGGGCCGCCGCCGCCGCUGCCCGCGCCCGAGCCGGAGAAGGAGGCGGCGGCGGCGGGGGAGGAGGAGGAGGCAAAGGCGGCGGGGGAGGCGGAGGCGGGGGCGGGCGCCGAGGCUGGAGCCAAGGCCAAGGCCGGAUCUGGAUCUGGAUCGGGACCUGGAUCCAGCAAGGCGAUUUUGGUGGCGGUGGCGGCGGCCGCCGACCCUGACGCCUAUGUGAACAAGUACCGCUCCGCCUGGACGGCCUUUGUGGCGGCCAUGAAGGCCACGCAUGACCUGGAGUACAAGAAGUCCAAGCGCGCCGGCGCCACCCCGGCCUCGCUGCUGGCUGUGCCGCUGCCGCUGCCCAACUUCAACUGGCCGCUUGUGCAGGGCCGCGGCCGCUCUCUGCUGCGCUGCGGGCGCUGCCGGCACUGCGCGGCGGCGGCGGGCGGCGGCACCCGGCGGCCGUGCCUGCUGCCGCUGGCGCGCGACGAGGCCAGCGGUGCGGUGAUGGAGCUGGUGGCAGAGGGGAGGAUGGGCAUCAUGCAGCACUUCCUGCUGGUGAUGGAGAAGGAGCUGUGGGGGCUGUUGGGCGGCGGCUGGGCGCUGGGCGGCGGUCGUGGCGCCGACUUCCGUCGCGCCUGGGUGCGCGCGGUGCGGGAGGCGGAGGGGCCGGCGCAGCUGGCGCCGCGGCUGCUGGAGAUUGAGGCGGCGCUGCCCAUGUCCCUCCCCGUGCUGCCUGUGUCGUGGGACCCCUACCGCCGCGACCCGGCCGAGCUGGCGCUGCUGGAGCGCGUGGCGGCGGAGCGGCGGCGCGAGGCGGACAGCUACCGCCGCCGCCGCAUCACCAGCCUCAUGCCCACCAGCAAGAAGGGCAGGGCCAAGAAGGCCAUGCCGGCGCACCUGCAGGCCUGGAACAACCUGCGUGCUAGUCAGGCCGCCGCCGCCAAGGCCACCAAGACACCCAAGGAGGCGCAGGAGGGCGGCGACAGCGAGGCGGCGGACCACGAGGAGGAGGACGAGGCGGGACAGGGCGCCACACAGCCCGAGGGCGAGGGGGAGGAGGGGCACGGCACGCCUGGCCCCACCCCGGGCGCCGCCGCAGGUGGAGGCGGCGGCGGCGGCGCCACCCCUGGCGCGGACGCCGACGGCUCUGCGGCCGCCGCGGGCAGCUCCCCAGUCGGCGCCGCCGGGGCGGAGGCGGGCGGGUCGCAGAGGGGCGGCGGCGGCCGCAGCCGCCGCAGCGCUAGCGCUGCCAAAGACAAGAAGGGCGGCAGUGGAACCAAGGGCAAGGCUGAGGGCGGCGGCGGCGGUGAGGGCGGCGGCGGCGGCGGCGGCAGUCAGUCGGCUCACGGGUCCGCCGCCGCCGCCGCCGCCGCGGCACACGGCGCGGGAGUGGAGUCCGGUGCGGCGCUCCUGGCGGCGGAGGGCAUUGUGUUGGACAAAUGGUGGCGUGAGCUGCUGGCCUCACACGGCGAGGUGGACGCCGUGGACCUGCUGGGCGCCGCCACCGGCCCCGACGGCGAGCCGCUGGCGGGGCCGGAGCGCCGCGCCGCACUGCGCGCCGCGCGCAGCGGCUGGGUGUGGUGGCGGCCGCCGCCGGCGCGCACGGACGCUGCGGCGGGGCGGCUGCCGAGGGCGCAGGCGAGGUGGCUGGCGCGCAAGGGCGGCGCGGUGCCGGUGCCGCAGGGCGUCAUCUACCACACCAACCUGCGCCACACGCUAUCGCGGCGGCUGUCCUGGCUGGCAGCCACAGAGGCCGCAACCAGCGUGGCGCAGCUGGCGGUGCAGGCCCGCAUGCUGGAGGAUGCUCUGGCGUGGGACCGCAUCCGCCGCCCCGGCACCGGGCCCGGCGGAGAGCCCGCGGACGCCGCCGCCGCCGCCGCCAUCUCGCCAACCGGCGGCGCGGCGGCGGCGGGCGGCGCGGCGGGCGCCGCCGCCAACCCGCCCCCGCCGCCGCCUCCCGAGUAUGCGGCCUACACGCACUUCAAUGCAGUGGCCAAGAGGCUGCUUGGGUCGGAGCGCAUUGUGGAGUACCUGCUUGUGCCCGAGGAGGGACACACGCAGGCCGGAGGAGGCGGCGUCGGCCCGGCGGCCGGCAGUCGCGGCGCGGCGGCGGCGGCUGCGGCGGGCGGGCCCGGCGGCCUGCCCGGCUUCAAGACCCUCACAGCCAGCGCAGGCGUGUCUCGUUGGGUCCCCGCCGAGGCCGUGCCGCUGUGGCUGGUCAAGGCCUUUGAGGAGCGCGCCCGCACAGAGGCCGCCGAGCGGGGCGCAGGAGCCAGCGGCGCCGCCGGAGGCAGCUGCGCAAUCGUACGGCACUCGCCGGGGCCCGCCGCCGCCGCCGCAGGCGGUAGCGCCGGCGGCGCAGCCGCCGCCGCCUCCGGCGGCGGCGCCCCUGACGCGUGCCUGGUGUGUGGGUUGACGUUGGCGGAGACGUUUGCGACGUGUCCGGGCCUGGCGGCGGCUGGCUGGGUGAGCUGCGCCUCUGCCUCUGCGUCCUGCCUGGCGGGCUGCCACGCCGCGUGUCUGGGCCUCACGCCGAGGGAGGCGGAGGGGCCCGCGGCCAGCCGAGCCAAGUGGCUGUGCGAGCCCUGCACCGAGGCGGCCAUGCGUCGGCGCCAGGCGGCGGCGGACAAGUACACUGCACGGCGGGGGCCGCGCGGCGCACCGGCGGCAGUGGUGCUCAGCCCGCAACAGCUGCUGGAGCAGGCGCUGGCGGACGCGGCGGCGGUGACGGCCGGCCUGCACCCCAACGGCGGAGAGGAGUGGUCCAACAACGCCGCAGGCAUGGGCAUGGGCGCGGGACCCGGCGGCGGCGGCGGCGGCGGUGACUAUGAGGAUAUGAUGGCGAUGAUGGCGCAGCACGACGGAGACGAUGGCGACGGCGCUUUCCUAGGCCGCGGCGGCCGCGGGCGGGGCCGGGGCCGCGGGCGCGGCCGCUGGGGCGGCCGCGGCGGCCGUGGCGGCGGCGGCCGCGGCGGCGCGGGCCGCGGCGGCGGCGGUGAUGACGAGGAUGGUGACGGCCCCGGCGGCCGUCGGCGGCUCUUCCCGCUGCUGGGCGGUGGCCUGGACGGCGGCGAGGGGCUGUGCGUGUGUCGGCGGCCGUGGGUGCCGGGGCAGGAGGACCUGGUGGCGUGUGACACGUGUGACGGUUGGUUCCACCCCGCCUGCGCCGCCGCGCCGCAGUACGGCGCGUACGGCGGAUCCGGAGCCGCCGCCGCGCUCACGGCGGCGGCGCCCGCCGCCGCCGCGGAGGGAGCGGAGGGUGGCGGCGCCGCCGACGGCGAGCCGGAGUGGUCGUGCCCGUUCUGUGCCAGCGCCGCCGCCGCCGCCGCCGCGGGCACGCCACCGCCGCCGGACUUGUACGGCCGCGCGGCGUCCGCGCCGCCGCCGGGGCCGCCGCUGCCGCCGGGCGUGUCUCCGGAGCCGCUUCCGGAGCGGCGCACCGCACACGCCUUCUUGUACCGGCUGCGUCAGGGCUUGACAGAUAUGGCGGGUGCGGAGCGAAUCUGGCGUGGGGCGGGAGCCUGGUGGAGGGGGCGGGGUCGGGGCCGGGGCCGCGGCGGGCGCGGCAGCCGCGGUCGGGUCCGUGAUGAGGACUUUGAUGAGGAUGGUGAGGAGGAGGACGAGGAGGAGGAGGGCGAUGAGGAGCAGGAUUCAGACUUUGAUGCAGAGGCGGCGGCGGGCGGCGGCGGCGGCGGCGGCUCGAGGAAGAAGGCGGGCGGCGGCGGCGCGGCCGCCGCGGCGGCUGCAGCGCGCAAGGCGGCGGCGGAGCAGCAGCAGCAGCAGCAGCAGAUGCUGCUACAGCAACAGAUGCGGGUGAUGCAGCAGCAACAGCAGCAGCAGCAGCAGCACCAACUGCAGAUGCAGCAGCACAUGCAAAUGCAGAUGCAGGCACAGCAGCAACAACAUCAACAGCAACAGCAGCAACAACUACAGCAGCAGCGCGGCGGUCCCGCUGCUGCUACUGCUACUGCUGCUGCUGCUGCCGCCCCGGCGGCGGCGGCGCUGCCCGACCCCGACCCUGCCACGUGGCGCCCGGCGGCUCUGACGGUGCUGCGCAGUCUGAUGCUGGAGCCGUGCUCACGCGACUUCAUGACGCCCGUGGACGUGUCGCAGGCGCCCGGCUACCUGCAGGUCGUGCCUCGCCCCAUGGACCUGGGUAGUGUGCUGGCGGGGCUGCGGCGCGGCGCCUACGCCCGACCCGCCGACGUGGCGGGCGACGUGGGGCUGGUGGCCGCCAACUGCGCCGCCUACAACGAGCCGGGCAGCGGCAUUGUGGCACAGGCGGAGGUCAUGUGGGCCAGCUUCAAGUCGGCUUGGCGCGCCGCCGGACUGCCGCUCACGGCGGCUGAGGCGGCGGCCCGCCAGGCGUCGCCGCCGCAGCAGCAGAUGCAGAUGCAGCAGCAACACAUGCAGCAGCAGCGCGCGCCGGCGACCCAGCCGCCUCCUCCUCACAUGCAGCAGCAGCUGCAGCAGCCCCCCUUCAUCCAGCAGCAGCAGCAACAGCAACAACACAUGCACCAGCAACAACACAUGCAACAGCAGCCGCCACAGCACCUGCAGUACCCACAGCUGCAGCAGCACCCCCAGCACCCUCAGCAGCAGCUGCCUCCGCCGCCCCUGCCGGACUCUCCCCCCGACAUCCCGCUCCCCGACGCCGGCUACGCGCCCGGGUCUUGGGAGCACCUGGGCCUGGAGGCGAUGCGGGUGACAAUGGCGGAGCCGCGGGCGGCGCCCUUCCUGCGGCCUGUCAAGAUUCCCGGAUACGAGGAGAUCAUCGAGAUGCCCAUGGACCUGGGCACCAUUCUGCGCCGCCUGACCUCCGGCUACUACAGCACCACCACCGGACCACUGCACAUGCUGGAUGACGUGCGUCUGGUCUGGUCCAACUGCCGCCGUUUCAACGAACCGGGCAGCCCCAUUAUUGGCGACUGCGAGCACGUGCGCUCCGUGUUCAAUCGUGCCUGGCAGAAGGUGGCGGUGACGCAGGGGCUGCCGGCGGCAACAGCGGGCUUUGCGAAAAUGGCGGCUGCGCGAGAGGAGCAGCUCCAGAGGCAGGGGCAGGGUGCGGGGGUGGGGGUGGGGGUGGGGGUGGGGCAGGCGCAGCAGAUGCAACUGCUGCAGCAGCAGCAGAUGCAGCAGCAGGCGCAGGCGCAGCAGGCGCUGCAGGUGCAGAUGCAGCAGCAACAGCAGAUGCAGAUGCAGGCACAGCAGCAGCAGCGGCUGCAACAGCAGCAGCAACAGCAGAUGCAGAUGCAGGCACAGCAGCAGCAACAAGCGCUCAUGCAGCAGCAGCAGAUGCAGGCGCAGUCGCAGCAACAGAACCAGCAGCGGCUGCAGCAGCAGCAGCAGCUGCAGGCUCAGAUGGCAGCGCAGCAGGCGCUGAUGCAGCAGCGCCAACGGCAGCAGAUGCAGGCGGCAGGUGGCGGCGCCGCCGCCGCCGCGCCUGGCCCGUACCACCAGCAACACCACCACCAACACCAGCAGCAACAACACCACGGGGGUGCCCGAGGCGGCGGCGGUCACGGAGGUCACGGAGGCGGCGGUGGCGACUGGCGGCGGCAGUGCGAGCAGGCGCUCACUCGACUCAUGGCGAACCGGGUGGCCGUGAUCUUUAACGAGCCCGUGGACCCGUCCACGGCGCCCGGCUACCUGGACGUCAUCACUCGCCCCAUGGACCUGGGCACCGUGCUGGACAACCUGCGCCGCGGCGCCUACCCGGACUUUGCCGCCCUCCAAGCAGACGUGGAGCAGAUCUGGGCCAACUGCAGAACCUAUAACAACAAGUCCUCGCGCGUCUUCAAGCUGGGGGAGCAGUGCGCCGCCGCCUGGCUCACGGAGGCGGCGGCGGCGGGGCUGCUGGGAGACGGCGGCGGCCGCAGCGGCCGCGGCGCGCGUUCGCUGCGGCCCGGCCGCGCCAAGCGCUACCGUAAGGAGGACAGCGACGGGGAGGGCGGAGGCGGCGGCGGAGAUGACAGUGACUUUGAGGUGGGGCGGGGCGGAGGAGGAGGAGGAGGCGAAGAUGAGGAUGAGGAUGAUGAGGACGGCGGAGGAGGUGGAGGCGGGCGGAGGAAGUCGCGGGGCAGGCGCUCGCGUGGUGGCGGCGGCGGCGGCGGCUGGUGAUGGGUGGUGAUGGGUGGUUGGGAGUGGGGUGCUGUGAUGGUUGGGGUUGGUGGCGCCGCGGCGUGGUAGCGUCGGUGUUUGGGGAUGUGGGGGCGGGGUGGUCGUGCUGCUAAGUUAUUGAGAUGCGCGUAGCAUGAGGCAGUACCGGUAGUGCACAGAGCAUGUCCGUGCGUGUGUGUGUGUGUGUGUGUGUGUGUGUGUGUGUGUGUGUGUGUGUGUGUGUGUGUGUGUGUGUGUGUGUGUGUGUGUGUGUGUGUGUGUGUGUGUGUGUGUGUGUGUGUAAUACAAAACAACACCAUAGGGAAUGUGCGUGUUGGAAUGUUUGUGCAGCUGCAUGUGGUGCAUGCACUGCAGUGAUGCAGACUGGAAAGGCCAGCAGGCGGAGACUGGGGAGAGACCAUGUGGGAGGAAGGCCCAACGGCGCGUGAGUCUAUCCUAAGGGUAGCCCCAGCUCCUCAUCAAGUCCUUUUACGGCGUUCCUGCUACAGACCAGGAGCCCUUCAAUGCGAUGAUGUCGGGGGGGGGAGCUGCCGGGCGGCUGCCCGCGAGGGGUGCACGAUCGUGCGGCUCCGCAAUCUGGCCGAUGCAAUUUGUCACAACACCGCAAGGUGCGGCUGGACUGGUGACUGGCGGUCAUGAUCACCGGGGGGGGGCGCGCUGGCGCGUCGGCUGACUCACUGUACUGGGACACAUGAUUGCCAGGACCAUGCUAAGGAUCGCACACCAUACCAAGGAUAUCGAACGG